CCAAAAAAGCGAACAAAAAAAUGAAACAAACAGGAUAAGCGCCACAAGAAAAAUAAACGGCCUAAGUAUGCCGAAUCAAGUAGCAGCGAAAACUCCGUAGCCGGUUCCCGAAUGCUACGUUCAAACAAAAAAAACGAAUCAACCAACAUUACGUGAUUAGAAAGAAGUUUGACGGGCUUGGAUCAGAACCUUUCCAUAAUCGCUGAGGUUCAUGAUACUUUCAUAAACACGGAGAUGUAUCAUAACACCCAACCAUCUAGCUUAGCUACUACUACGGGUGUUACGACUCUUCGCAUGAAUCUAAACUUGACACCAAAAAGAAUUAUCAUCGAUAGGAAUGAUCAAGUACAGAUGUCACGUUCAAGAAACUCAACGCCGCAAAGAAGUGCCUUAGGUGCAGAUAAUGCAGUUGACACGCCACGUUCUAGUAUAGUAUAUUCUACGCCCGGUGCUUCGGGCCUGACACUUGAGGAGAAUACUUUACGUUAUUUAGAAAAAAUAAGCGCGGCCGUUGAUCAAAACCAGAUAAUUCUCGGCCAGAUUUUAAGGAUUAAUCAGACACUAUCUCAAGUACAAAACUGUACGAUGCCGCAAGGUUUUCCAGAUUUCCCAAUUACCUGAUCAGAUAUCUUUGACGAGUUCAAUGAGAUGCUGGAGAACGAGGCGCAUCGCACAUAUCUAAUCCAGAAGCUCGAAUCAAUAGGCGGAUUGACACAACGAAAAGCCGUGAUAAAUAUGUUAAAAUUUGUAAUGUCGAACAGUCUGGCCAUGAUGUAUAACUGGGCCGGCCGAGAUAAAAAAUGUUUCAAUAACACAAAGUUCAUGAAAAUCCUAAAUGAGGCUGCAAAGGUGGCUUUCAGAGGGAAGCCAGAAUCAUCGGAUCCCGAUAUCACUUCAGCUGUCAAAGACUGGCUAAAACUAGCUACAAGCCUACACGUGUAUGCGAUUGCUUCCAGAAAAACCAUGUCGCAAUAAGUAAAAAGUUUGAGGAUGUGCGGUUGGAUAAGAUUCGCUUUCGAAAUGAUUUCGCAAAACAAUGUCAAUAUUUUAAUAAUUUUAAUCACGCUAUAUCAUAUUGAUAGAAACAUUUUUAUUUUUAUUUUUUUCUUGUGAGCUUUCAUUUCAACGGUUGUGAUGUUAAUGUCGUACGUAUAAACGAGCAUCAUAUUGUAGUGAUGAUUGGCAAAACAGGACAAGGUGAAAAUUCUUUAUAUCGCUGCAAGUCCCGUAAGAAAGCUCACCAAACGCGAAUAAUAAGAUAUUUUUGUAAUCUCAACCUUCUCAGUAUAUUCAGGAUAGUCCAUAUUUCAUCGACGUUCGCGUUUUUCUGGUCUAGGCCCCUAGUUUCUUAUCUUAUCUAUUUAUCUUCUUUUCUUUUUUCUUACUGCAAAGUUUCGGUUCCGAUUCUGUCUAUCUCAUUAAUAGUGUGUACCCACACACCUACUUGCGUUCCAAAAAUUAGCUUUUUUUUAUUGAUUGAGGAAUUAUAAAGAGUUUAAUUUCAUUCAAAGAAUAUAUAGUAUGUACUUUUUUAUGUGGCUUCUGAUCAUAGAUUCGACAGAUUAUCUAGUUUUUUUUUUUUUUGUUAUUUUCAAAUAUGUUUUACUGUCAGCUGUUCACACUGAAAACAUUCAUGUUAUG